CACUGCCUUACUACAGCAGAAAUGAGACAAAAGUAACACGUUUUAUCCAGAUUCAGGAGUUUGUUCCAGUUUGUUCAUAUUGGUGACGUUCUUCUUCCGCUGCCAGAUUGUUUAUAACAUUUUUCCUCCUGACUGAAAUAAUCUGCCAGUGGAGCCAAACGUUACCAUCAGAUUUAAAUGAUUAAACAAGCUCCUUUAUCUUGCUAAAAAGUUGAUCAUCAUUGUAGAAAGUCAUGUUACCAUGGACACAGGAAGCAAAGCAGGACCACGGCAUGCCUGAUCCUCCACUAUACCUGCUCAUUAAUCUCUGUAUUUGUGCUGAAGUGUUUAAUUUUUUUCGGUAACGCUCUUUGCUCCAGGUAUUUAUGUUUCUGAGAAACAGGAAGUUGUUGUUUCCACUUCCUGUCCAGCAGCUUUUCUUUUAUCGUUGACCUUCCCGCUGUGACAGCUGAUACGCCUGAUCCUGUAUCCAUGGCAACAGUAAACAGAUGCAUCAGCGUUCCUCACAGCGGCUCUGAUGGAAAAUUCACUGCAAACAUCUGAACCCGUCAACUUUGUUCAUCAGGAUGAAAUCUGGAAAGCUCAUAUAAAAAUUGAGAAGGAUUCUGAAGAAUCGUGGAGUAAAAACUGGGGCUUCCUGUCUGAAGCCUAUAAAGAGUACGAGAUGAAGAAUGUGAAGCUGAAGACGGGACUGAAAACGGAGCUCCACCCUCACCUGACGGUUCGACCUUUGACCCCUCCACAGAAACCCGUCCAGGUAAGGCUCAGCCAGCACCUCUGGUCCCGGACUGCUGUCUACCUGUGCUCCACCUGUCCUCCUGUCCAGGUCGGCUCUUCCUCCGCCGUCCCUCUGACCUCUCAGCGUUUCAUCGGAUGGCGUUCUGGAUCGUCGUGCUUCCAGCUGGAAAAGUACGGCGUGGUGCAUCAUGGGAGGCGUAGUUUCCUGAAGGAUUUGGGUUGGUCUCUAGAUGCUUGCAGCUGAGUCUGUUACAGUAAAUAAUAAUAACUUAGGAUGUUGGUGAAUGGCAGGCAAUUAAACACAUAUUUCCCAACAAUAA